AUGGCCACCUUCCCUCCUGUCACAAAACUAUCUGCUGCUGUGUUAGGUUUAACAGUUGGAUUUUCGUUGGCGUCCAUUUGUGUUGUGUUCUUUAAAAUUGAACAUUCCGACUUUCAUUUCGUCUCGUCUAUUGUGAACACUGUACAUUCACAAGAUGUUCAUUCAAGGGAGAUGCAGAAUUUAUCGAAGGACUUCCAUGAAGAAUUCCCGAAGUCUUUGGGACAAUACUUGUCUGGAAAUAUCAAAUUUGAGGACCUGCGUCUCCAUAAAGAUAACGAUGCCAUAUCCAAGGCUCUAUAUCAAAAGGAGAAAGUACUCUGCUGGAUAAUGACGUCACCAAAGAACCUGGAUGUUAAAGCACGUGUCGUUCGUGACACGUGGACAAGGCGCUGCAACAAAGUCCUUUUCAUGAGCUCUGUGACAGAUCCAAAGUUCCCUACAAUCGGAUUAAACGUGUCGGAAGGCCGGAAGCAUCUGACGGCCAAAACAAUGCAAGCUUUCCGUUACAUUUACGAAAACCACUUUGAUGAUGCUGACUGGUUCAUGAAAGCUGACGAUGACACUUAUGUUAUUUUAGAAAAUCUCCGAUACUUUCUGACGUCCCAAAACAAGUCUGAACCUGUAUUUUUUGGCCAUCAUUUCAAGACACUUGUCAAACAAGGGUACUACAGUGGCGGAGCGGGAUAUGUGCUGAGUAAGGAGGCGUUGAGGAGAUAUGGGGAGAAGGGACACGAACCCAAACUGUGCAGGCGUGAUGGUGGUUCAGAAGAUGUGGCGUUCGGCAGAUGUAUGGAAAACCUGGGAGUGAGGACAGCCAACACAGCAGACGCCCUCGGGAGGAGCAGAUUCCAUUGUUUUUGGCCAGAGUUCCAUUUGGAGGGUAAAUACCCACGGUGGUUUUAUAGGUUCGAUCCAAAUGGUGCUGCUAAGAAGGGUGUAGACAGCAUCUCCGACUACGCUAUAUCCUUCCACUACGUGAAACCACAGAAGAUGUACGAUCUGGAGUUUUACAUCUACCACUUACGACCGUAUGGCAUUGUGUCCGGCACUCAGGAGCUCAACAGAAUAGAGAAGGUGAAACCCGGAACUCAGGAGAUCAACACAUAAGUGAAGUGACACAGAGAAC